AUGCCUUCCGAUCUAGAACAGCUCAUCGACAUGGGCUUCGAGCGCGAGCGCGCCGAGUUUGCAGUGCAACAGACCAGUAGUCUUCAAGAUGCGAUCGACUGGCUAGAUAAGAACCAGGAGAAGUCCAUUAAACAGAUCAAAGAGGCGCAAGCCCAGGCGUCCGAGGAACCCCCGGCGCUGAAGCCCGGCGAGGAAGCAAAGAGCCUGGUAUGUGAUGACUGCGGGAAGCGGUUCCGGUCCGUGAACCAGGCCGAGUUCCACGCGAGCAAAUCUGGCCAUGAGAACUUCUCAGAGUCCACCGAGGAGAUCAAGCCCCUCACCGAGGAGGAAAAGGCGGCUAAGCUCGAGGAGAUGAAGGCUCGGUUGGCCGAGAAGCGCGCUAUGCAGGCAGAGCAAGAUAGGAUCGACCGCAAGAAGAACGAGCAGAUCCGCAUGAAGGCCACCAAGGAGUCACAAGACAUCAAGGAGGAACUGCAGAAGAAGGAGCGGUUAAAGGAAGCACAGGCGAAAAAGAAGGAGAAACAGGACGAGAUCGAGGCUCGAAAGCGCGUUCUGGCGAAGCUCGAAGCGGACAAGGCGGAGCGAAAGCGGAAGGCAGACCUGGAGAAGGCGGCAAGAGCUGGACAGGCGCCGCCUCCUCUUGUUGCUGAGUCCUCUGGUGCAACCUCUUCAGGGCCUACCACAUCAAAGCCAGCAUCUGCGUACACUGAGACGAGGCUGGCUCUGCAGACACCCACAGGUCGUGUCAUGAAGACAUUCCCAGUAGAGACAACCCUGUUCGAAGUCGCCCACGCUCUAUCACAAGACGGCAUUCAAGUCACCUCCUUCACGCAGAAUUUUCCCAAGAAAGUCUUUGACAAUACGGAUUUUGGUAUGACGCUCAAGGAAGCCGGAAUGGUCCCCAGCGCUGCGUUGGUUGUGAAGUAGAGAGUGAAGUGGGACGUCAGGCGCUGUGGAAUUACCCCCAGCAGUUAAUCAUUAAGGAACAUAUGCAUGGCAUGAGUGAAAGGUGGAUCUUUUAUCAUAGUCCUACGACGAGCCGUAGGUGCUCCAUGUUAUGAAAUUAGAUAAUCAUGACAGUGAUGGCAGCUGGUAUUGCAUGCUAUACCAUAGAACUCGAGCC